AUGGAAGAAGACUUUCAAGCGCACCACAGCCGGUUUCCUCGCCUACAGUCCGAUGACUGUCGCAGGAGAGCCAUGUCCGGUGCUGCCAUCGGAGGCGAGCCACGCCAUCAAGCCUUCACCAGGGGAUCAGCGCUCAUGAAUGAUGUUGUUAUCGAGCCCAGGCAGCCCCUCCAUAUAAUCCCUGAGUCGUUCCAACGUCCACAGCUGCCAGCUUACCCCCCCGCCCAGUACGACUGGCAGGAUCCUAGAGGGAGGCAGGUCCCGCCCGGAUACCCUGUGUACCAGAGUCAUGGGCAGGUCCCGCCCGGAUACCCUGUACCCCUGUACCAGAGUCAUGAGCGCUACUUGCCUGAUACCCAUGGCAACUACACCAUGGACCAUAGAGGUAGCCAUGUUCCCUUCCACCCGGUCAACACCCAGGGGCACGCUCCCCACACUCCGAUCUCCGAUCCCCGUAACUUCAGCUAUGAUCCCGGGUAUGGUCCCGAUCACAACUAUUAUCCGAGUUCCAACGGGAACUCCUCGGGAGCGGGUCACCCAUAUCUUGCUUUUGAGGACAUCACGGCAACAAGAGCUUGGGGUUCUGAACCAGGACCACCACACCUCAUGCCCCAGCGUCGUAUUACCGAAAGCCCGGCAAUCGAAGAAGGGCCUAGAAGAGAUCUUUGCAGCUCCCCUUACUUUGGCAAUACUUCAGCUUCGAGCUCUCCCGUCGAGCCACGACGCUCCAAUAUGGGUGCGCCUCGCAACAAUCCCAGAACGCCCCGCAAUCAAAUAGUACACCCUUCUCCGUGUAUUGCCUCAAGCUCAUCUUCCUAUCAUCAGGAUAGGGGAGAAGAACAAGGAAGUGAUCUCGGCACAAGUGUUCCCAGAGCCAGGUACUCGAGCAGAACUCAGCUGAAAAAAGCUGAGGGCACAAGACGGAAGCCGGCUGCUCCAAGCUUCUACACCCAGUCCCCCGUCUCCAUGGUUUCCUCUCCGGCCAAUUCUCAGCAAGACAUCCCUAAGAGUACAUCCUACCCGUCAUCCGACUCAUUGUACGAUCGCAAUACCAAGAGUCGUGCAAUGAGCACCAGAUCAACCUUGCUCACGCCUGUCUUGAGUGACUCCGACUCCGACUCAGAUGCUGAAGAGUCAAGCCUCCAGAAAAAACACCGCAUCGUUGCAUCCUCUCUCAUCACCACUCCACAAAGGGAAUCAGCUGUUCAGACAUCAGCUCCAACCGUUAGUUCGGAGGAAAGGGAUCACGUUAUCUGUGCCGUAUCAGAGAGUCGCUCUGCGGAAGUGGUUGGUAUUGCAGUCAUCAAUAUCACUACGGGACAAGUGGAUUUAGCCAGAGUCCUGAACGAUGACAAGUACAUGUAUCAGCGUCUGGGAGACACAUUGUGGAAGAUGCCGUCAAAACCGGAAAAGUUCCUUGUUGUCAACAGCGUCACGAACAACAACAGCAAGUCUUUGCUCAUUUCUUGUCUAGAGCAAGACUUCCCAGCAGUUCCCAUAGUGCUUUGGGGAAGGGAACAUUGGAGUGAGGCAGAAGGGCUCAGGAUGAUUGAGCGUUUUGCACUUCGGGAUCGAGUGAUUGCCCUCAAGUCAGACCUUGAGAACAACUUCUACGUUUCGUGUGCCUUUUCUGCUGCAAUGAAGUAUGUACAGAACGAGCUGAACAUCCAUUUUGCCAGCAACGCGCUACGAGUCAGGUAUAUCCAGCCACUCAACACCAUGGGUAUCGAUCGCACCACCGUUGCCUCGUUGGAGCUGCUGCAGAACACACGACGAGCCACUGCAAAGAAAUCGACGCUUUUCGGUAUACUGAAUAGUACCCAAACCCCUCAAGGACACCGCUUGCUACGCACAACCCUCCUGCAGCCGAGCACAGACAAGGAAGAGAUUGAAGAACGGUAUGAAUCAGUUGAGGAGUUGUCUACCAACGAAGAGCUUUUUCGUGAGUUGCGCAAAGCACUCAAAGGGCUUGAUAGGAUUGACUUUGAGCGCGUCAUUGUAUGGCUUAACCAGGAACAACCCAGACCACGCCAGCCUCUGGAGGAAGGCGUUCCCGGAUCUACGAAUCAAGGUCUACUUCUACCAACCCACGCGGAGCUUGCCAAAGCGGAACAAGAGUUGAACUAUAUCCUCAUGCUAAAGGCAUAUCUUCGUGGUAUCGACGCACUGCAUAGUAUAAUUGAAGCAGCUGCGUGCAAAAGCCGCCUAUUGAGAUGGGCCAAGAAUAAGUUUGCACCAGAGCACACUGAGCCCAUCCAAAGCGCUAUGGAAGAGAUGAUAGAGAAUGAUGCUGCCUACAGCAAAACCCCAAUCGAUUUGAGGAACAAUCGGAUGUGGGCCGUCAGAGCUGGGCGUAAUGCCGUUCUUGAACAAGCACGGAGGUCCUUCAAAGAUCUUACGGAUGACCUCAACGGGUACUUUGAUAUGCUAAACAACCAGUUCAACGGGUUAUUGGGAAAUGGUGCAGACUUGUGCAUGGAUAGCAACCGGCGGUAUUGGCUCAAGUUUGAUUACUCGGAUGUCGCACGUGAACUGCAAAACAACCAAUCCGAUGUUCAAAAGAGGAAGUUCGGCAAGGUCAGCCAGUGGAAGCAAGUCUCAAUCGCCAACAUCGACAUUAUCAAUGGCACCCGUGACAAAAAGCACUUCAAAUGUCAGACAACCGAGCUUCUCCAGAGGAGCAGGGCUAUCCAGCUUCAGGCAGACAUCGCAACGAUGCAGAGCGAUAACAUGGUUAUCGAGCUGAAAGAGAGACUUCAACAGCAUUCGAGUCUCAUGUUCGAUAUCAGCGAUGCAGUUGCACUGCUCGAUAUGCUCUGCUCGUUCACACAAGCUGCCACCACCCAGGACUACGUUCGACCCAUGAUCACUGAUAGCAUGGUUCUCAAGCAGGCACGGAAUCCAAUUGUGGAGGUACGCAAAAGCGACUACGUUGCUAACGAUGUCUACUCCGGUGAUCAAUCUGGACGCUUUCAGGUUAUCACUGGCGGUAACAUGAGCGGCAAGAGCACGUUCAUCAGAUCGGUUGCCCUCAUUCAGAUCAUGGCACAAAUGGGGUCCUUUGUUCCUGCGGAUUUUGGGUCCAUCUCCAUCUGUGACAGAGUAUUUUCCAGAGUCUCUACGGAUGAUGCGCCCGAGAACAACCUGGGAACAUUUGGUGUGGAGAUGAGGGAGACGAAUGUCAUCUUGAGGCAAGCUACGACGAAAAGCAUGAUCAUCAUGGACGAGCUCGGCCGAGGCACUUCGGUAAAAGAUGGUCUGGCCAUCGCCAUUGCUGUCAGCGAGAAGUUGAUCAAGAUGAAAUCACGCGUCUUUUUCGCAACGCAUUUCACUGGUCUUGCUCGACUUUUGAACGCACCAUCCUAUCAGAGAGAUGUCCUGAACGUUCACUUUCGAGGACAAAACGAGAUCUUACUGCCCCGGAUCAAACUGCCACACACUCUCGCCGGAGGUCCCGUGAAGACUGAGGACUACGGCAUCAAACUAGCCCGCAUUGUUCUUCCUUUACCGGCAGUGUACAAGGCCGAGGAGGUCCUGAGAGUCUUGCAAGAGAUGCAGAGGCCACCGCAGAGUGGAGAGAAGACGAGAGAAGCGAGGCAGAACAAGGUCCUGCUGGCUUUGCCUGGUGUACUCAGAGAAGCGCUGAACUCGAGCAUGGAUGAUGCGGCAUUGGUGUCGUACCUGCAGAGGUUGAAGACUGAGUUCACGCUUAGGAUGUCUGAGGUCACGGACGUUAUUCAUGACCUCAUUGAAGGUGGUCGAAAGCGGCCUGCUGAGGAUGAUGCUGAAGCUGAGAGUGGCGCAGAUGAAGGAAGGGAGAAACGGAGGAGAGAAGAGUAG